CAAUCGUGCAUCUGUCCUCUAAUAGAUCAUAGGCGAGAACCAAUCAAAAUACGCGAAUAACUUGGGCUAUUAUAUAAACGCAGAUAUUUAACAGGGUUAACAAGUAUAAUACAUGUAUAUACAUUUGGCCAAGCCUUAAAACCGGAGCUCCUGGGCCAGGUUGUUCAAAGCCCGAUUAAUUUGUUUUUGUAACUUUGCAUCAAGGUUUUCUGUUUAUAUAUUGCUUGGCCUUGUGUUUUGAGUGUAAAUAAUCUCAAACUACACACAACAUAAGCAGUGAAAAACAUUUUUAUACAAAAAAAAAUUAUAAUUACGUUAAGUCUUAAUCCUGGGUUAGCGUUAACUGGCUUCUGAACAUCCUGGCCCUGAUUAUAGCAAGUUACCGGUAACCUGACGUGAGCCCGUGAUCCAAUCGAAAACCCGGCUGUCAACUUAAAAAAACCGUGAUCUCGAUGAGCUCUUAACUUGAGCCUGCAAUAUGGUCACAUGAUACUGGUCAGUGGAUACCUUGAUUUGACAGCUGUGAAUUGAUCAUAACAUGGAUCUUUAAACAAAAAUCUAAGAUGUAUGCAGUAAACCAAGGCUGUAGUACAUGUAUAUGUAUCUUUUUGUAUAUUUCCUUGUGAUGAAUUGAAUAAAUAAAUUAAAAUUAAAAAUGUUGUGCAACGUCGUUGUGCUUUGUGGGGUGCAUGUGCCGGGGAUCCAUGCCGCUAGCCAUGUUGACCAUGUAAAAAGAGCUGCAUGGUUUUCUAUUUCUAUUCAUGUGUGUGGUUCACUUCCUAUAGUUAUGGUGUUCAGUUCUGAUUGGCAGCCCAAGCUUCACUAUAAAUUAACAGUACUGUAUUUUUGUGUCAUGUAGCUUCUUCAGCAGUGCGGACCUGGUGAUGACACAAAACACAAUGCUUCAGAAGUCAGUGAGGAGGUUUUCAUUCAGUCAUUUAGUAUCGAGGGUGAGAAACUGAGGCAGAGAGCUGAAGCCAAUAAACACCCAUUUGCGGUUACUCAACCUGUGCCUUUUUCAGAAGAAAUGUUAAGACAGUUUGAUUCCUUUCCAACAGCCAGAAUUUACCUUCAAGCUUACAAACUGGUGAAGGAAGGCCUUGAAGUUCUUCGUAAAAGUAACUUUACUGAUGCAAGAGGAAUUUCUCUUAUAGCUCAUGGAUACUUAACUGAGAAUUCUAUACUACAAGCAUUUCCUUUACAACAAAAUGAACUGUUACCCAACAUUCUCCAGCUUUGUGAGGAAAACUUGUACAAAAAUCCUUGUUUUUUUGAAGGGCUUCUUUUGUCUAUUGCUUUCCGUGGUUAUCCAUUAGCAGGCAAAGUUUCCUUGGAAAGUAUGAAAGGUGACAGAAAAACGCUUAUGUGCUUUGACAACUUAAUUCACUUUAUUCAAACAGCUGAACCUGACAGCCCUCCUUCAGUUGAUCCCCUUGAGUUUGAUAAAACUUACAGCAGCUGGCUUCAUGUUUUGUAUUACCACAUGGCAGCAAUUUACACCAUUGCAGAAGCCGCUGGAAAAGCCGCUGAAGCUUUUGAAAGUUCCCUUAAGUGCUGCCCAUCUUAUUACGACGCUAAAAGGGGGCUUGGGUAUAACUUAAUGACUCUUUACAGCUCAAAAACUGUGGAAUGCCAUGAAGAUAUACCUGAAGAAUUGCCACCUAAUAAAUCAAGACCAUGUGACAGAGAAAUGUCAAAAUAUGCUUCUUGGACUGCAGAAGAAUUGAGAGACACUGCAGUGAAAGUGUUGCAGGAGUACCUGGCGGAGGCACCACAGUGUGAUAAAAACUACCCAAAUGCUUGUUAUUAUCUUGCACAUGGUGCUUUUCUUAACACAAACCAGAGCGAAUUCAGAAAGUAUUUCGAACUGGGCCAAGAUGCAGAAGAAAAGAGACUUCCUUUCUUUCAUCCUGUUGAUCUGCCUAUAAAAGAUAUGUUGUCCCCAUGUUACCAACUGUUUGCUAAUGUUAUGCAACCUGUUAGUUGUGGCAACAAGUCUUGCACCAAGAAAGUUAAGGAGAGUGACUUGAAAUCCUGUGGCCGCUGUGGGAAGUAAAAAUACUGCAGCAAGGACUGUCAGAUAGCAGAUUGGAAAAAUCACAAAGUCAGUUGCACUGCUUCAAGAGUACCAAAGGCAAAGAAUGCUUGCCUAUAAU